GGAUUUGAGAGUUUUUAGCUCAGAAAUCAGGGUAUUUAAAAUCAGUCCCGAUGACGUCAAUCACCUGCGACUAAUCUCUAACGGACUUCCACUGCAUUAAUGAGCAGCGGCGCUUCCUGGAAUAAUGGAGUAGAUAAUGAGCUACUUGUGCUCUGGAAUUUAAUUUUAUUUAAUUUAAACCCUAUUUUUAAUGUAGUUUAAGAAAUCGCGCUUUAAACCAGUAUAGAAACAAAUCCCGGGCUCCCGUUGCUCUGUUGCCAUGGAUACACGGAAGCGGGGUUUCACUUUGGCGCUAAAUGAUUGCGUAGUGCGCGAGGUGCCUCGACAUGGCGGGCUGUAGAGUCCACGGCGCAUGCGCCAAGACGGCGGCUUUAUUCGGGUUCACCGCAGCCGUUAUCCGGAUCUUAUUAUCGGGAUAAAUCCACCGCGCUUCAGCCAAAUCCACCGCGCGGCUCCAGAACACACCAUGUCCCGGGAAAGAGCGGCUUUCUUCAGCCCGUUCGAGCAGAAGAUCAUCCUGGAGACUUUUGAGCAGUACAAAGCCGUCAUUACGGCCAAGUGUAACACCUCUGCUGCCGCCAAAUCCCGCGUGACCGCCUGGCAGAAGAUCGCUGAGCGCUUAAACGCCGCCAACCCCAACAACGUCAAGCGCACCUGGCAGCAGGUCAAAAUUAAAUACAAGAACAUCGUCCAGUGUGCGAACAGGAAACGCAAGCAGAAGUUUGGUGAAGGAGUUGCCACGCCCGGCUUUUCACCUGCCGGAGAGGUGGCGCUCUGGCGGAUCAGAGGGCGGCCGGUGGUAGACGCUGCCAUCCUGGGCCUCUCCUCCGAGCGCAUUGGGAUUAGCAUCGGGAAGACCAUAGCUACAGAGUCAGAAGGUUCAGGAGGUGUUAUACAAACAGUUCCAGCUGUUGCCAGUUGUGCAGAGGAGCCUGCUGAGCACUCGGAUUCAGAGCACGAUGAGAAGAACAUUGUGGUGUGUUCUCAUCAGGAACAGGGAACUGAAGCGCUCAUCUGCCAGGAAGACCCUGGAACUUCUGGACCCUCGGGUCCUGGCGACGAUGAGAGAGACGAGGACGUGACGGCGCUGUACAAACGUUACCUCAGACAGGAGAUCGCUUACCGCCAUCUGAAGAUGAAGAAGCUGGAGAAGGAGAUCCAGCUGCUUGAUAAACAGCUGGAUGUAGGUUAGGUCAGUGAUUAUUGAACUAAAGGUAAUAUCCCAUGAAAUAUGAAUGGAGGAGCUGAAUGAAGUAAACUCCGCCCCCUUUCCGUUUCUUUCCCACUUUUCUCCAUAUUUGGAUUACGGGAGGGUGAAUGAUGAUGUGGAUCAGAACCUCUAUGACUUUAUUUAAUUCUAAUUAUGUAUUUAUUCAAUGACAUAAAAUCCAAAGGAUGUCGGAUUAAAACACAAUCUCCGAA